AUGAGUGCAUUAGAAAAGGAAGUGACAAAUUACAUGAUAACCACAGAUUCAGCAUCUGCGGAAGCGAUCGAAGCCUCCAAACGUCUUGUUUCAAUUGUGAAUGAAGGUUCUGUGCAAGAUAAUCUUUUGCGUCUCAUUCAAACUCUCGGCGAGUACUUGAUAAAUGACGAUGAGUUCGUACGUGCCAAAGCAACUGGACUUUUAUCCAACACAUUGACAGACUGCAAGCAAGAAGCCAUUAAUGAAUCAGCAGUAUCUGUGCUUGUCGAUUUCUACUGUGAAAGAUUAUCCGAUAAAACUUGUGUUCACAACCUUUUGGAUGGUCUUGUUGCUUUGACCACAUUUUCCAACUUUACAGGAAAGAAUGCAGUAUUUGUAUCAAAGAGAGUUGUUCAGAACGUUCAAGUGCAGCAAUUUCCUCAAGGCACCAGGCAUCUAGCUUUCAAAGUGUUUGAGAACUUGAUCAAUCGACAUGCCAGCGCAUUAAAGUCAAUCAACAACGAGUUUGUGUAUGGAUUCACCCAAGAAUUGGAUGGCGAGAAGGAUCCUAGAAAUUUGAUGAGUGCUUUCCAAAUCAUGACAAGCAUUGUGUACAAUUUUGACAUUUCAGCUCAUGUGGAGGACAUUUUCGAAGUAGCGUUUUGUUAUUUCCCAAUCACAUUCAAACCCCCACCAGAUGAUCCCUAUGGAAUUACUGCAGAAGAUCUCAAAAUCAGUUUGAGAGAAUGUAUAUCGUCGACACCGCUAUUUGCAAAGUUCACCUUGCCUUUGAUCCUGGAGAAAUUAUCAUCCACGUCUGGUAGCGCAAAGAGGGAUUCUAUGGAGACUUUGGCGGCUUGUGCCCCUGUCUAUGGAGCUGAGGCAUUAUUACCUAGCAUCAAUGACAUUUUCAACAGCCUGAAAUUAGAGGUGUUCCAUGCGAUCGAUGCACCUUUGGAAGACGCCGCUAUCGAAGCCAUUCGCGCUGUCGUCCAUGCUUUGGGAUCAUCCUCAGUCAGCAGCACAUCUGGACAAGAUCCAACAGAGAAAGCCUUGAAGCCUUUGCUUGAUGAAUGUGCCACCAAUUUAAAGGAUCCUGAUAUGAAAGAUUCCAAACAGGCAGGUCGAAUUUUGAGAGCCGUAGCAUCAGCUUCAGACAGUGCUUGUCAUUACAUUGUAGACAAUAUUGUUCCUUUGGUUUUGAAGCAGUACCGCGAGACAAAUGUAGCUACCUUGAAGAAGGCAAACGUAGAUAUCAUGAUUGACUUGUUGGAAGCUUGCAAAACUCUCUAUGGAUCAGCAUCCGAGGACAUGAAAGGUUUGUACUGGGUAAAAGGCCAUUUCAGAGACGCUGAUUUGCUCAUCCAUCAUGUCUAUUUAGACGAGGAUGUCGUGUCACCCUUGGUUCAGCAUAAAGAUCGGUUCUUUGGUAUCUUUGAAUCUUGUCUAGUUGCUUCCAAUGAAUACAAUCUGCUUCGUUUAUCAGGCUUGACAGGUCUGAAAUUGAUGAUUCUAUCAAAGGGAUAUUUGGAGUCAAAUGAAGUUGGCCUCGCAGUUCAGUCUAUCAACAAGAUCUUGCUGGAGGAACAGGACGAGGAACUUCGAUCUGCUGCUUUGGAGGCCCUUCGUGUCACAUCACAUAUCAACAGCAAAUACAUAAAUGAAAUGACUAUUCCUUCACUGAUUGACAGACUCCCUGAUACAACAGACGGUGGCACCAGCUAUAUGCAUGUGCUAUAUGCCCUCAGAGUAUUAUCACCUGUUCCAUCUGUGUAUCAACACGCUAUGCCCUUGUUGACCAAGAAGUUUGAUACAGUCUGCGCCAAUGAUCAAAACGAAAAUUACGCUUAUGCCAUCAUUGAGACCGUGCUUCAUAUCUUGAGAACCAAGUCUGCUGAAAAGCACAAUGAUGUUGCUAAAGAUAUCAAAAUCAUUGUGCCUCAUCUCAUCACCAAAUCAGCGGAAGCCUCUCUUGAUACCAGCGACAAUCUCCUCUUACGGCCUAGCAUCAUGGAGGUGGUUGCAUUGAUCAUUAUCACCGUCUUUUCAAAAGUGGAUAGCGGCGCGCAAAAAUCGUUUCUGGAUAAAGCAUUCAAGUUGUUUGUUGAUGGCCAGUUACCCGAGUUUGCCAUUUCAUCCACGCAAUCAUUCAAGCCCCUUAACAUUACUAGCGAUACAACUGAAAAGCAGCAAAGUACCUGUCAGCUCUUUGCAGCCAUUGUCUGUUCAUUAAGAAAGGAUGUCGAGCUACCUAUUUCAUCCAGCAUAGAGGACUACCUGAAUGAAUGGGUGACUUUAGCACUUGGCUCAACUAACCCUAUUCAGGUAGCUUGCGCCUCAAGAGUUAUUGGUUCAAUCAUCAAUAAAUGGAAAGAUAAUUCGGCUUUAACUGAAUAUGUCAAAGCUACAACCUUGGUACUGGAUGAUGCAAUUACACAACAAACAACAAAUAGCAAGAAUGCCUUACAAGUCUACUUGUGGAUCACAAAGGCGCUUGUUUUUCGCACUCAUGCUUUAGGCUAUGAAUUGACUACCAGAGUCAUCGAGUGGUGUGGAAACAAGGCAGCUCCUGAUGCUCCUCAGGGCUUUGAUAUCCUCAUUGGUGAUGAUGAGCUUGCUUUGAAUAAGAACACUUUUGCUACUACUACUAUCUUAUACAAACAGAGAUUUUUUAGUUUCUGCUUACCAAAGCUGGUAGAUGGUUUCCGAUCUGCUGAGGACGAUGUCAAGCCAAAUUACUUGAUUGCCCUGUCCUAUGUAUUGAAGAAUGUUCCCAAACAAAUCCUCUUGAACGAAUUAUCUCCUCUUGUACCACUGCUGAUUCAAUCUCUUGCUUUAUCGGAUGCUACACUUAAAGUAUCCACCUUGGAGACCUUCAAAUUGGCCAUUUCCGAAGCUGCUGAUGUGGUGGCUCCACAAAUCAGAGCUAUUUUACCUUCCUUAUUGGCAUUGCUUGAAGACAAGCACAAUUCGAUUCGUGUUCGUGUUGCUGCACUUACAUGUUUAGCUCAAUUCCCUGCUUUUAUCGCUAAAGAUGCUUUGGCUCCACAUGUAAAUUAUGUCAUUAGACAGCUGAAGACACCUUUGGAUGACAAAAAGAGAAUUGUAAGAAAAGAGGCAGUUGAUUGUCGCUCCAAGUGGUACACAGUCUCUAAUAUUUAG